AUGGAGAUCGGCUUCAUCCGAACCAGACUGUCUUCUGAAGAAAAAGACCGAAGGAGAGGCUGUGGCCUUUGUUUCUAUUGUGGAGAAAGAGGGCACUUUAUCACACUCUGCCCAACUCGCCCAGCUAGGCAAAAGGUUCUUCAAUUGGGUACUAUUCAGAUCCAUCCUGCCAUCCCUGCAACACAGCCUGUAAACUACCAAGGUUACUGUCAGACCUGUCCAGGUUCCGUGACUCAAAAGGAUACACAGACUACGGUGAUCAACAUUACCAGUGUCCCUCAAGAACUUGCAACCAGUACCCCUGAGAAAUCUCCCCCUCCUGCUCCAGAGAUGUCUUCACUACUUCCUGACAAAACACCUGUUCAAGCAAGCACCUUCACCACUUCCUGCCUUGCCAAUGAAGUUCUGUCACCUGACUGUACAUAUGUUUCUAAUGGCACAGUUGUACGAAAGCAGGAUCUUGAAGUGUUCGAGAAAGCAUUGCAAGCUGCGAAUGCCUUCCCUGCGAGAACUGUUAAAGCAAAGGUCACACCUAAGUCCAAGAAAAACAGGAAGUUGGGAUCCCAAAAUGUAGAAGAAGACCGUUGGACUACAACCGAUCUUUUAAACUGGAAGACCCACAAUUCCUCGUAUACUGAGAAACCACAAGCUAUGACUGAUCUGUUCACCUCAAUAGUACAGACGCAUAAUCCGACAUGGGCUGAUUGCCAGCAGUUAUUAAUGACUUUGUUUAACAAUGAGGAAAGGACAAGAAUUAAUCAAGCAGCCAUUAAAGCGCUAGAGGAUAGAGCCCGUGCUUUGAACCAAGCUAAUCCAGCAGCAUGGGCCGCAACACAUUAUCCCAACACCGAUCCCGAUUGGAACGUAAAUGGUGCUGAUAUGGUUCAACUCAGAGCCUAUAGAGACGCUAUAAUUGCUGGCAUGAAAGCAGGAGGAAAGAAAGCUAUUAACAUGUCGAAGACAGUUGAGGUGAUUCAGAAAAGCGAUGAAGCGCCCAGUGUCUUUUAUGACCGAUUAUUGGAGGCAUACCGCUUGUAUACCCCCUUUUAUAUGCCUGAAUGUCCAGUCCAAUUGCUGGGACGUGAUAUGCUAUCUAAAUUACAAGCGCAGAUUACGUUCCUACCAAAUGGAACAACAUCCUUAAAGUUUAAUGGACCUUCAGGUAUUAUGACUUUAUCCGUACCAAAGGAAGAAGAGUGGCGACUUUAUACAGCGUUGACUAUCCAAAACCCUAGGAGUGAUGAAUCCUUAUUCAACAUACCAGGAGUUUGGGCAGAGAACAACCCACCAGGACUGGCCCGCAAUAUUCCACCUAUUAAAAUCGAACUAAAACUUGGGGUUUAUCCAGUAAGCCUAAGACAAUACCACAUCCCGCAGAAGGCUAAGAAGAACAUACAAUCUUAUCUGGAUAAGUUCAUACGGUAUGGUAUCCUAAAAUUCUGUACUUCCCCCUGGAACACCCCAUUGCUGCCUGUUCAAAAGCCCGGUACAGAUGAGUAUCGACCUGUGCAGGACUUGAGAGCAGUCAAUGAUGCGGUUGUUAGUAUACAUCCAGUUGUACCCAAUCCAUAUAACCUGCUUGCUUUGAUUCCGGGCGGGGCAACCUAUUUUACAGUCUUAGACCUCAAAGAUGCCUUCUUUUGCCUCCGAAUUGCCGCAGAAAGUCAAUGUAUCUUCGCUUUCCAAUGGGAGAACGCUGUAACGGGCUCGAAACGCCAAAUGACCUGGACAAGACUGCCCCAAGGGUUUAAAAAUUCACCUACCCUAUUUGGUUCAGCUCUAAGUCAAGAUCUACUGGAUUUCGAGUCCAUCCCAGGAGAGUGUGUAUUGUUACAAUAUGUAGAUGACUUGUUGAUAGCAGCAGUUACAAAAGAAAAAUGUCAGCCAGCAACGCACGAUCUACUACACAUUCUCUGGAAGGCAGGAUACAAGGUGUCUAGAAAGAAGGCUCAGUUGUGUUUGCCAACUGUCAAAUAUCUGGGAUUCCAUAUCUCUGAAGGUCAAAGAAUUAUGGGGCCAGAGAGAAAAGAAGCUGUCUGCCAAAUACCAAUACCCAAGAAUAGAAGACAAGUGCGAGAAUUCUUGGGGGCAGCAGGCUUCUGUAGGAUAUGGAUUCCCAGCUACGCGAUACUGGCAAAACCUCUGUACGCAGCUAUCAAAGGUACAGAGCACGACCCCUUCUUAUGGACUCAAGAACAGCAAACGGCAUUUGAAGAUGUGAAGAAGGCUUUGAUGAGUGCCCCAGCAUUAGGUCUACCUGAUCACACACGACCAUUCUACCUGUAUGUACAUGAGCAAAGAAGAAUGGCUGUGGGAGUAUUGACACAGUACUUGGGAUCAUGGCAAAGACCUGUUGCCUACAUGUCUAAGCAAUUGGAUGCAGUGGCCAGCGGACUUCCACCUUGUCUAAGAGCCGUAGCUGCAGCCGCCCUGCUAGUAGCUGAAGCCGAUAAACUCACUCUGGGUCAAGAACUUUAUGUACGAGUCCCACAUGCAGUACAGACGUUGUUGGAUUACAAAGGAAAUCAUUGGUUUAGUAAUAGCCGUAUGACCAAGUAUCAAGCAAUGUUGUGUGAAAACCCAAGAGUGCAUUUAGAGACUGUAAACACCUUAAAUCCAGCUACCCUUUUGCCACAGCCUACUGAAAGUCAACAUGAUUGUUUGGAAGUAAUGGAUGAAGUAUUUUCAAGUAGACCAGAUCUUCGUGAUUUUCCCAUCCAGAACCCCGAUGUUCAAUAUUACACUGACGGCAGUAGUUAUGUGAAAGAAGGGAUCCGCUAUGCAGGAUAUGCAGUGACAACAAUAGACAAGGUGAUAGAAGCUCGGCCACUGGCGAAAGGAACAUCAGCACAAAAGGCAGAAUUGAUAGCACUGACACGAGCGUUACAAUUGGCUGAAGGUUUAAGAGUGAACAUCUACACGGACUCCAAGUAUGCGUUUUUAACCACUCAUGCCCACGGAGCUUUGUAUAAAGAAAGAGGACUACUGAAUUCAGAAGGCAAAGAAAUCAAGUACGCAGCUGAAAUCCUACAACUAUUGGAAGCAGUGUGGGAGCCGAAAGAAGUCGGUAUUAUAGACUUUACAGUGAUGCCUAAAUCGGGUGGACAUCGUUACCUGUUGGUAAUUGUGUGCACCUAUUCAGGCUGGGUAGAAGCAUGUCCUACUCGAACAGAGAAAGCAGGAGAAGUUGUGAGAUUCCUGCUACGAGAAAUAAUACCCCGAUAUGGACUACCCUGUUCUAUAGGAUCGGACAAUGGUCCAGCUUUUGUUCACCAGUGCCUACAGCAACUGACUCAUAUGCUUGGUAUAAAGUGGAGGCUUCAUACUGCAUAUAGACCCCAGAGUUCUGGUAAGGUAGAGAGAAUGAAUAGAACUAUUAAGAACCAGUUGGCUAAAAUGUGUCAGGAAACCCAACUUAAGUGGAACGUUCUCUUACCCAUAGCUCUAUUGCGAAUCCGCAGUACCCCUACCAGAAGGAUGGGCCUCUCUCCUUUUGAAAUCAUGUAUGGGCGACCACCUCCUGUACUUGGUAACUUAAGGGGGGAUUUGAGUCAGUUGGGAGAAGGAAUUACCCGGCAGCAGGUUGUAGAGUUGGGUAAGACUAUGGAGGAGGUACAGAAAUGGGUACAAGAUAGAUUACCUGUGAAUAUUUAUCCCCCUGUUCAUAGUUAUCAUCCAGGAGAUCAAGUGUGGAUUAAAGAGUGGAAUAAUGUACCGUUAGAGCCCAAGUGGAGAGGUCCUUAUGUUGUUCUUUUGUCUACCCCUACAGCGAUAAAAGUAGCCGAAGUGACUCCGUGGAUACAUCACUCCGGGGUUAAA